AUGCAUGGAGAGACAUUUGAUCAUAGCAUAAAAGACAAGAAAGCAAACAAAAAAUCAAAAACUAUUGAUCACCGUCAAAGAAGUAAAGAUUUAAGUUGUGAAAGUGGAAGCAACAGUGACUCAGAAAGGCAAACAAAUAUCAUCAGUAAAGGUGAGCAUAGUAGGAAUGAUCACUCUGACACACAUAUCAAUGGCACUAAAAGCAUACCUUCCUUAGCUAGAAGGACAAGUUCUUCCUCUUCAUCAGAAUCAUCCUCAGAUAAUUUCUUUAGAAUAAAGGAAGCAUUUAAGUAUACCAAGUCUGGAAAAGAUUAUGUUUCUAGCAGUGAGAGCUCUGACAAAUCUAAAGUUGACAACAACCUUCUAGUUCCAACAUCAACAUAUCAAGUUUACGAUUUGAGUCGCAACCAAAAGGGUAUGUCACCAACUGCUAGUCCUCCUAUCCAAGUGAUGGAUCGAUCUGGAAGAUAUGAUGCUUCUAUUGUUCCAUCUUCAAUCUUUGAAACAAAUACUAAUCCAUCAGAAUGGAGUAUUUCUUCUAAUGAUUCAUUAUUUAGUAUUCAAAUAGGGCAACCUAGUUUUACCAGAGAAAAUGCGCUUAUGUAUGCUGAAUUAGGCUUUUCAAGAGAAUUGACCAAAUCUGGUGAGGAGAUAAGCACUGUCAUAAAGAGUGUUGAUGUAAAGAACUUGCAAACAAUAGAAACAUCAUAUGGACCUUUGAUGUUGGAAGGAGAAAGGCUCAGUGAAGUUGAUAACGAAAUAAAGACUUCACAUCAAACUAAAAGUUACGAGCCAUCCAAGUCCAAUGUGUCUAUUCUUUCUCAUAGUAGCGACAUUGGCAUGUCCUCUAUUGCUUUCCCAAAGUGA